AAUAUUAUAAUUACACAGGUGCAUAAUAAAGUUAGGUUAAGGGUGGGCAUAUGGGAAGAUUACAGGAAUUUUAACUUAAGUCCAGUGUGCAUUUCAAAUUGAUGGAACUUAAAACUGCUAUUGUGAAGUAUUUACAACUCCAGGAAGAGUGAAUGAAAAUUGAAAGACAUUUACUUGUGAUUUUAAGAAGUUAAAUCAUAUUGUUUAAUCAAGAAUAUGGAGUGACAUGUCUCUAAUAUCUGAGGCAGUCCACUGACAAAAGAAUUGGAGCAGAGAAGAUGAUUACAUGGAAGGACAUGUAUAUAGUUCUUACAAACAUAGUGUUUUCUUAACAGAAGCAGUGGACACCUUGUUUAUCACUUGAGGCCUUUAAAAAGCAUCAAUCAGUAGAAAUUUAAUUGUGUGAAAUUCAGUACCUAAAUCUGAUGAUCUAGUUCCAUGAGUAAUUUAAAUGAGCAUCUGCCAGUAUUGCUCUGAAAGAGGUUUGUGCCAUUUCUCAUGCAUUUUUCCUUUCCUUGGUGCUGCCAAGAACAUCUGUGUGGUUGUGUAGUGAAUUGAAUCUAGGAGCAUGUCUGGGUUAAAACUGUUAAUUUCCUGUUGUUGGUCGUGGACAAGAUCACACCUUGACCAUUUCCUCUCUCAGGCUUGUUACACAGAGGCGGGAUGGACAGCUGGUGAGGAAAGAGUUGUGCCAAAACUGUUCUUUUGGCAACAGCACCAGCUUAAACUGGAUCUACAGCAGGAGUAUCUCAAUCUAUUCCUCUGUAUUUCUUCCCCGUUUCUAUUGAAUGUUAUGAAGAGCUCAUAUCUAGUCUUCUCAGUUGUAAAACCUGAAAAUACUAAGUGAGAAUUGUUUGCCUGUGUUGCCUGCUGGGGCACUUAUAAUUUGGUUCUAGACAGGGAAGUCCUAAAUGUUGUUUUAACAUACUUCUUAAUGACUGCAGUAUUUGGUACACAGUGUUUGAUGCUGCUCUAAGAAAGCCUGCUGUUCAUUUGGGAAGAAAUUGGUGAGCUUUUCUGAUGUGAGGGCAGAGAGAAAAUUAUGUGCCACAUAGAGUGCUGCAUGUAAGGUUUUGGAAGUAUAAGGUGCCUCCAGAAUCUAGGCAGAAGGUAUGGAGAAUUCAGAAAGAUAUUUAUUUUAUGUCCAUUCUGCAUGCUUAUGCAGCCAAAGCUGUAUUAGAGCAGUUGUUUUUGCCAUAAAGUUUAUGGAGUCUCUUCCUGCUAGUACUGGAAAACUGCUAGCAGGUGUCAUAGUGUGCCUUCCAGUAAAAGUGAUGGAAAUGAAUUGAUGGAUGAGUGUGUAAGUGAAGAACAUCUGAAAAUACAUGAAUAAGACUUCAAGCAAGGACUGAACCUCUAGCUCUUGGCAAAGUACAUUGACACUCUUGAGCCUUCUUCACCCAUCCAGCUAAAAUCUAAGAUCAAAUUAUGGAUUCAGCCUUGUACAGCAGGGAGAGUUUCUGAAGCUUUGGGAAGAGAGAGGAGCAAGCAGAGUUUGCUGUGCUGACACAAGAGUCAGUGAGCAUCAACCACUGGAGAUGAGCGGCCUGGAGAGGGUGUGUCAGGGUCACAGAUGGACCAGGAGGAUAGUUUGUGGAGUAAAAAGCUGCUGAUAUCAGCAGGAAAGGCAUUCUAUUAGUUGUAUUCACUCGUUUGUAAUGAGGAAGGAAAACUUCUUCGGACAGAGGAAAAUUCAUCUGAGGUGUGGCAUUACAUCUGUGAUUGGUAGUCACACAAAAAUGGUGCUUCAUGGCAUGUGUUAGUGUAUUCACGUGUUUUCAGCAGAUUGUAAAUGAAAGCAUUUUUUUAAAAUAAGUUUUUCUGUAUUAUUUACACUUGUAUGUUUCAGAUACUAGAUAAAGAUACUGAAGAGGGGAGUAAAUGUUGCAAAAAGAAAUUAAAUAUAUACAAAUGAUGUUUCAAAUGAUGACAAAUGAGAAACCUUCAGAGAUCUGGACUAGAAGCUUAGUAAGAACUGCUUUGCAGUGAAAUGGCUACAUUUUAUUAAAUUUGUAUUUUAGAGCAAAAGUGGAACAUUCCUAAGUUGAUGUUCCCACAGCAAUGCCAGCAUUUGACUCUGAUGGAGAAAAAUAAAUAGUAUGAAAUAUUUUUUAGAGCUUCAGCUCUAUACACCCAGUAUUAAAUUUCUUCAAGUGUAAAAAAAAAAUAAUUUGCUGUUAAAAGUGAUUUGAAUCAGGGUUCAUUGGUUAUAAUAGAGCAGUAACUCCAAUUCUUUGCAGAUGUAAAUGAGUGUAAUUUGUAUCCAUUUACUUCUGCAAAGGAUUUACCAUGUGCCUGUUACAAAAUAAAGAUAAAAAUGAUUGAGCAUAUUUUUACUCUUUGGUUUGCAGGCGUGGCAAUGGCAGAUUCUGCACAGUAGAGUUCAUGGCAAUUAUUUGUCUAAUAUAAGCCAAGCAAGACACAUACAAGCUUCAGAGUGAAGACUGGAACGGCUGGACGGAGGUGCGUAGCUGCAGUGCAAAGAAAAUGAAUGGCACACUGGAUCACCCAGACCAACCUGAUCUAGAUGCUAUCAAAAUGUUUGUGGGUCAAGUCCCACGGAGCUGGUGUGAGAAGGAUCUAAGAGAACUUUUUGAACAGUAUGGUGCUGUCUAUGAAAUCAAUGUCUUGCGGGACAGGAGCCAAAACCCUCCUCAAAGCAAAGGGUGCUGUUUUGUUACAUUUUAUACCCGUAAAGCUGCACUAGAAGCACAGAAUGCUCUUCACAACAUGAAGAUCCUCCCAGGGAUGCACCAUCCUAUCCAGAUGAAACCAGCUGACAGUGAAAAGAGUAAUGCAGUAGAAGAUAGGAAGUUGUUUAUUGGAAUGAUAUCCAAGAAGUGCAAUGAAAAUGACAUUCGAGUGAUGUUCUCCCCCUUUGGGCAGAUUGAAGAAUGCAGGAUACUACGGGGCCCGGAUGGCCUGAGCCGAGGUUGUGCAUUUGUGACUUUUACAACAAGAGCCAUGGCACAAACAGCAAUCAAAGCAAUGCACCAAGCACAAACCAUGGAGGGUUGCUCUUCUCCCAUUGUUGUAAAAUUUGCAGACACGCAGAAGGACAAAGAGCAGAAACGAAUUGCUCAGCAACUUCAGCAACAAAUGCAACAGAUCAGUGCUGCCUCAAUAUGGGGAAACCUGGCUGGUCUCAACACACUUGGACCCCAGUACUUAGCACUUUAUUUGCAGCUCCUUCAGCAGACAGCAGCUGCUUCAUCUGGGAACCUGAACACACUGAGCAGCCUCCACCCAAUGGGAGGACUGAACGCGAUGCAGUUACAGAACCUGGCCGCCUUGGCAGCCGCGGCCAGCGCGGCUCAGAACACACCGAGCGGCACGGCUGCGCUCACCUCCUCCAGCAGCCCCCUGAGCGUGCUCACCAGCUCAGCAGGUUCCUCACCUAGUUCCAGUAGCAGCUCCUCUGUUAAUCCAAUGGCUUCUCUUGGAGCUUUGCAGACACUGGCAGGUGCUACAGCAGGCCUCAACGUUAGCUCUUUAGCAGGAAUGGCAGCCUUAAAUGGAGGACUUGGCAGUGGUGGUCUCUCAAAUGGGACAGGUAGCACAAUGGAAGCCCUCACACAGGCUUAUUCUGGAAUCCAGCAAUAUGCUGCUGCUGCACUGCCCACACUCUAUAACCAGAGUCUCUUAACACAGCAGAGUAUUGGUGCAGCAGGAAGUCAAAAAGAAGGUCCAGAGGGAGCCAAUCUGUUUAUCUACCAUCUUCCCCAGGAGUUUGGGGAUCAGGAUCUGCUGCAGAUGUUCAUGCCAUUUGGAAAUGUCGUCUCUGCCAAGGUUUUCAUUGACAAGCAGACCAAUCUAAGCAAGUGUUUUGGUUUUGUAAGUUACGACAAUCCUGUCUCUGCGCAGGCUGCCAUUCAGUCAAUGAACGGCUUCCAGAUCGGCAUGAAGCGGCUGAAAGUACAGCUCAAGCGCUCCAAGAACGACAGCAAGCCAUACUGAGCACCCUCCCCUCCGGGACUGGAGUGAGAAGGAUCUUCUGGUAAGUUGGAGAGGAGCGCACUUAGUGAUUCGAAGCCCUAAGGCUGUGUUUUUACAGUCCUGGAAGCUGAUCCAUGCCUUCUAUCUGGCACAUCUUCCCUCGAAGACUCUGCUGCAGCCUCUGCUGAGAAUCCUGCUUCGGAUGGAGGACAAGUUUGUGCUUUUGUUUCCAGUGUUUUACUUUGGAGUUUAGGUGCCAUAUCGCUGAGGUUUUUUUGUUUAGUUUUGUUUUUUUUUUUUUCCUCCCUUAUUUGAAGUUUGCUGUGUUUGUAACCAGUGUGUGUUGAGAAGGACCAAUGCCAGCUCCUUGGGGGUGGGGAGAGAAGGUUAAAGGGAGCAGCAGAAACUGACACCACACUGCCUUGGGGUAGAGAGGAGAAGGGAAAGCAGAAAUAACGCAGAACAGCUGAUGAAAACAAAGAUGGGCAAGGAGAACAGAGUCCUGGGUGAGAAAGAACUGACUCCAUGUAGCCUUUGUCAUGCCCCAUCUGCUCUUUGAAAUUUCCUUAACUGUAUGCCACAGUGGGGAUUUAAUAAAUCAUCUCUAAAGCAGGAGACGGGCUAAAAGGGUGAACACAUUAACAAGCCAAAGGAAAACUGCAGUGAUUUUUUUUUUCUUUGCUGUAUAUAAACUAGGGUCUGUAUAGCAGUGUGAAUGUACACAGCACUUUAUAAAACUAUUAAAUAAUGUCUCUGCCCAGAAAAUUUCACACUCUAUCUACAGUGGAAUAUUAAUGAGAUGCAGUGAAUUUCUCCUUGUAUAAGAAAACUUAACCUAUGUACUUCAUCUAGGUUUUGUGGAAAGGUAGAGGCAGCUUAGUGUGGAUGAAUACAUCUGGGUCUGGACACAAUAAACUUUAGAUCCCUGGUGACCUGCAGAAAUUUUUGACAAUUUUUCUUCUUAACAGUUGAUCACAUUGCCCAUUUCUGUGGAAUAAUGUCCUUUUUUUGCAGAGAUUGCUAUGAAUUCCUUUUCAUAAGCAUAAUGUAAGUGCUGAUUGUUUAUUGAAAUGAUAACUUCCUGUUUUGUUGGGGUUUUUUGUUGGUUUUUUUUUUUUUUUUUUAAAUGAACAAAAUUCAUGCAGUGACUUGGUCUAGUAAUUAGGUGUAUCUCUCUGCUGCAGUUUUCCUUUAAGGUGGUGUGUACCAGUGCAAAACAGGCUAAACCAGGAGCUGUGGAACCAGAGUACUGAGCCAUUCAGUCUUUUUCUGCCUUUUGGUACAAGCUGUUAUCUUUUAUAUUGAAGGAAAAUGGAACGCACCCCUUAACUGAACACACACUUUUUCUGCACACCAGUGAAAUUGCUAGUGCAUUGCUAUGGGCCUUUGAUAUUCACUGGUUUAGGGGGCUCAAAGGACUUUUGACACUCUGGCCUGAGCUGUUUCAAGACAUCUGUGUAGAGUUCCAUUUUAUAACCACCAAAAUCCACCUCUGUCACAAGAGGAAGUUUACAAUUUCUGUAUCUAUAACAGAAAUUCAAUUUACCUCAUAAUAUCUCUUUUUCCUUGUUUUCUUUGUAUCCCUGAGUAGUAAGGCUGUUUCCCAGGGCUCCAGCUAACACUUCUGGGAUCCAGCUGCUAAAUGAUGUGUGUGGGUCAGACAUGGGGUCAGGACUUCGUGUUCUGCUCCAGCAGGAGGAGCACUAAACCCAUCAAACCUGAGAUCUCGGGUGCGAAUCCCCACUUGUGUGCCAUGAUCUGUUGGGAAUCUUGGGCAUUUCUAGGGACUGGGCCCCCUAGGAUCUCAAACCUCAGAAUCACAAGGCCUGAUAGGUAACAUCUGAGGGGAGCCCUUUCCAGUUCUUAGAUUGAAAAUCAAGCAGUUAAUGUCAGUCUGUCCAUAUUGAUGGCAGACAGAUAAAUCUGUCAGUAUUAUUUAAAUAAUUUUGUGGUGGCAAAAUUUCAAAGGCCAGAUUGCCAAAUUUCCCAGUUAUGCUGGCAUGUGGUACCUUUCUGUGUUAAUUAUUUGAAUCUCUCUAGAAACGUAAACAUACACUGAAGUGAACCAUGUACACUUGAAUUCUGCACCAUAGGAAAGAUGUGUCCUGGUUUUCUGAGAAAAGAGUGUUGAAGUGUGAAGGCCUCCAGGGUGAUAAUGGGAUUUUUAUAUAUAUAUAUAUAUAUAUAAAUUAUAUACUUUUCAAAAAAAGGAAAAAAAAAAAAAACAUAAAAAACCAUAGGUGGGAGCAACUGCUCCAAGUGCAACCUGCUGUAACCAAGAAUGUUGUUUCUAUUUUUAUAGAAGUUUUAUACCGCUCCAGGGUGGAGAAUAUUUAUUACCUAAAUUAUUUCACUGGAAAAAAAGGCCAGGGUUUUGUAGAAUCCUGAAUGUGAUUGUUUUACACACAUAAUGAUGUGCAUGAUUGAAACUACUGAUUUUCAGUGGCCUGUUUGCAGCCCAACAACUGCUAAACGAGGAAGAUGAAUGCUGUGAACCAGUGGAGGAGAGCACUGUGCUCUGGGGUCUCUACAGUCACUCUUACCUUCUUUGCAUCCUACCCCACUGUUCUGUCCAAGACCUUUGUCCUGUUUUUCUUUUAACCUGAUGCUCUAGCCUGUUUACUAGUCAUUUCAGUUGCCCAAAAUUAGAUAUUUUAGCUUCUUCAAUCUAUACUGUGUCCUUAAUACUGUAACUUACAGAUCAAGCUUGGCAUUGUUGCAAAUAGGUGCAACUCCUGUUAAUUUGAGGAGAUUCACCAGUUUACACUGUGGCUUAGUUUGAUCAGUGACUCCUCCCAGACAUAAUCACCUUAAGACACCUAACUUGGGCUAGCUCUUGUGCCUUACUGGCGUAACUAUAAGUAUUGCCAAAAAGAAAAAGAAAAUAAAUCUAUGCAGGUUAAAUUUUAAAAGAUGUGAUCCUCAGAUGGUUUGAAUCAAUGCAGUUCAGCUCUCUGAAUGCAGUAGAGCUGCAUCAGUUUUCACCAGCUGAAGAUGUUGCCCUUUUUGUGUAUUUGUUUCAGAUUUCCCUUUCUUGGUGUAUCAAUGUGUAUGUUGCCAAAGUUAAUAAAUGUAUCAAGUUUGUGACUUGGGCAGAUUUUUUUUUCUGAUAACAAAGCUGAUCAGAUAAAGUCAACAUUUCUCUGUGUCUGUUUGGUGGCUGCUGCUGAUUGUGGGGAUUUAGGCUGCUCUUGCCUUUCAGUCUUAAGCCAGUUUUCUUCCUCACUUAUUAGCAGGAAAGUCUGGGAUUCUGGGGACUUGGGGCUUUUAAAUUUUUAGUUCAUAUCAUGCUCUCAUUCAAGUGCAAAUGAAAUCAGUGUCAAAUACUCUUAUUUCCUGGAUAGUAAGAUAAGAGUUGGGGGAGUUCAAAUAAACUGCAGAAAGUUGGCUGAAGCAGCCACAUGGACAAAGUAUGCUAUCGCUUAAAACCAAAGAACCUUAUUUUCUACAGGAAAAGCUAAAAGAAAUUCUGAUGAAAUAGAAUUCCUUAUUACGUGUGCCACCAGGAAAUACUUAAAAUAUUUUUAGUUUACAGGGUGGAAAUUGUCUACUUCAUAGAUUUGUUCUUUUUCUCAGGAGAUACUUGAUUUUACUGACAUAGCAAGGUGAAAGAAUUAUGAACUUAGCCUGAUACUGCUUAGUGUCAGUAGUAUAGUAAGUGAAAUCAUAAUUUCUUCAGUCCCCUAGAUAAUCAACAGUUCCAAAUAGGAUAGCUCCUUGUAGUUUAGCUUUUUUAUAAUACAAAGCUGGCAUUUUUAAAAAAUUCCAGCCCAGAAGAAUCUCACUGGCAAAUGCAUCUACCAGGACAUUUCACCUGAAUACUGAAAGUCACAUAUUAUGAUAAUUCUAUCAUGCAAGCUGAAUCUAACUGAACUGUGGUAAUGGCUGUGGAUUAGGGAAGAACAACAAAGCAGAAUGAAUUUGUUCCUGUUUUAUUUGGAAAUGCAUAAAACCAACUUGGAUAAAUGAAAUUGCAAAUGAAGGGUGCAACUAUGAAUAGGUACAAUGCUUUGAAAGCUUCUUGGUGCAGACAUUUAAACAUAAAGAUGAUUGAUAUCCCCAGCAUACCUGCCACAAAAUAUAAAACACAGAAGGCAGAAUUAUCAUGAUUGUGAGAAUAAAACAAGGACAAACUGGAAAAACUUUCUUCAAGUCAUUAAGACCUCAUCCAGCAUCUCAUGGUUCUGUUUUUAUAGGCCAGUCUUUCCAUAGGGCUUUGAUAAAACUCAACAUAGCUGGGAGAAGUAUUUGAAAAAUCCAUAUCAAGAAAAUCCCCAGAUAAAUCACACAGAGGGUAUCAGUGGUGCAUGCUAAGAUGUCACUUGAUUUCAUGCUUCUUGUUGUUUCUCAUGCCUCAGUUCAUGAUGAAUUUGCUUUUCUGGUUUAAAAGUGAAAUCUUGCACCUAUCUGCAAAUUACCUAGAGUAUUUCUUGAAAUAUAGAAACAAGUGCAAAAGUUGCAUUGUACUCUGUUUGCUGGUGUUGGUUUAAAAUCUGUACUAAAGUCCUUUCCCUUUAUUGGAAAGCAUGAAAAGCAAAUUAAUCUAAGCAGUUCUAAUAAGAGGAGUGUUGCUGAUUUAGUAGACAAUGUGUUUCUUGUUGCUUUGGAAUGAGAAUGCAACACUUGCUAUUCUCAAAUUAUGUUAGAUAAUAUGCAAAUCUCACCUUGUUCUAGUCUGUAACCAGAAGCUUUGAGAUGUGCUGAAGAUUAAGGCCACAAACAGGAGCUAAAGGGGAGUUGGGGGAGGCAGAGUGGGGAGGCAGAAUAAGAAAACAAACCAUUUCCUCUCUCUUCUGCCUCCCACUCUCAUCCCAAACUGUUCCUUGUCUCUUGCAGUUCACAAGCUGAGGAGAGGGAACAGAGGUAUUUAUAUAAGAGGUCACUUAAUAUAAGGAUUAUUUUUUAAUAAACUCUUCAAGAAAAUUUCAGGAAACACAUUUUUUCUGCUCAUCAAACUGGCAACAGUGACUGUAGAGCUUCUCAGAGCCCACAAUCUCCUCCUCAUGAACCAGGGAGCUGAGGGCUGUUACAUAAAAGGUUGGGAAUGGAAAAUCCCUGUGCAGGUCUAAUGGUAUGACAAGUGCUCAGCUAGGACAAGUCUUAACUUGCAGUCAAGUCUUAAGGAAUUCUUCUCUGAUGUGUGAGCUUUUUGUCUUGUAUAAUCUUUUUUUUUUCCCUUUUCCAAAUCACUCACCCCCAGUUACAUGGGCUCCUAGGGAAUGAGAAGAGACUGUAGCUAAAGGAAAAAACGUGGAUUUGCUGGGCUACUACUGCCUAAGAACUUGCCAUGUUAGAGUGCAAGAAAAGUCUCAAACAUCAAACCACCUGUGAAUCCCUUGUGUCCUCUAUCUUGUGUCUCAUGGUCUCAGUCUCUGUGGGCAAAUGUUUGCCCUGGAGCCAUAUUUUUUGGAAUCGGUCUCCUGGGGAGGGAGUGUACUCUGUUCUAAACAGAGGUAGAAGACACACUGGGCACGGGGCAUUCUAACCAGUGUGUCACUAGGCUGUGGAAUGCUCCCCAGACUGGGUGCUGAGAGGGAAAUCCAGGCCUCUGCUUCCAUUUGGUUUCUGGCAGUUUGAUGUUUACUUGGUGUCUUUCAUGUACUUUGACUUUUACUUGUCCAUCGUUGGCAUGUGCUGCCCUUCCCUGUCAACUCCCUUCCCCAGGAGAUCUCAUUGUACAGUGCCCAUUCUUGUUCUCUCUCUCCGUGUUUGGAUGUACUGCUCUGUGUAACUCAGUGGGUCUCCCUCUUUCUGGUUUGUUUUUUUUUCUAGAUUCCUGCCGUUUGUUCAUCGUUGUGCCUAAAGCAUGUCGAUGUGGCGUUCAAGUACAUCGUCCAAAUCCUUGUCUCUUCAGCUUCUCUGAUGCUUGAACUCUCACCUUUGACCUUGUGUUGACCUUUGAUGCUGAUGUGUAUUUUUAUUAUGUUUGUUUCUUUUCUUUUUUUUUUCUUUUUUUUUUUUGUGCUGCCAAAUUGGUUUUGCUAGAAAGACUGCUGAAGGGGAAUAUUUAAACUUGCAUUUGAAUAUAAAAGAAUUUCUAUUUUUCUAGACCUUCGUAAGAUAACCACUUGAUUUUGUGAAUCUGAUUCUUUGUAAUUUGUCUUCAGAGCAGCCUUGCUAGCAUACCUUGUGGAGUAUUUGUAUUUCUGUGAACAUACAGCCAAUCACUUUCUAGGCUUAGUUUUUUCUGUGUGCUUAGUUUUAAAAACAGUUCAAAGAAAAAGUCAAUUAUAUGGUGUGACUCAAUCUUUCAGGAGACUUCCUAGUCACAUUUUGCUGAUCUGGUUUCUGUGCUUGAGGAGACAGCAUGUGUUUUUAUGAGUUCAAACUUGUGACUUGAAGUGGCAUCAACAGAAAACACUUGAACUACGUUUUCCUCUGAUUGUAGCUACAGUUUUGCCCUGACAUUUACUGGGGUUUUUUUUAAUUAUUAUUUUUAUUUUUUCCCCUGCUUCCCUGUGUGAUUAUCAGUCUGCAGUGAAAAUUUGAUCAAAAUUGAUGUUGUAUUUUGUUAAGCUCUGGCAUGCUUGGGUUUUUUUUGUAACUACAAUCUCCUCAGCAAAAUGUGAUGUUUUUGUUUUAAUCUUUCAAACUAAGAUAGUGCCCAGAAAUGUUGUGCAUGUUUCCUGCUGUUUUCUUCACACCCUCCUAUAUAUCACCUUCACCUCUCUGUUUUCUAUAGUUUGUGCAAAAACUGAGCAAUUUAAUGGGUUUCAAAGGUAUCCUUUAAAUUGGUGGUUUUGGUAUGACAAAUAUCUGAUCGGAAGCCACCUGAGGGCAUCUACCUGUGCACUUAGACUGUCUGCCUGACAGAGCACCUGGACCUUGCUCCAUCUCCAGCGCUGUCAGAAGCUCUGAGGGUGCUUGGUUACGCUGUUCCCCUAGUGGAAGUUUUGGUGGAAGGGGAUAGCUGGGAGCAGGAAGGUGGGGGAACUCACAACAUUUCUGUUUCCAAAGCUGUCUGAAGCUAGGGCUCAUUUCAAACACUGAGAAUUUUGCACAACUCAGGGCACAUUUCUGUGAAGUCCAGCCCCAGUCUAAUACCAUCAGUCAGAGUUUGGUGGCAGGAUUCUGGAAGGAUCUAGGUUAGCUCAUGAAAUAAAGUGUUUUAAAUUUCCCAGAGAAAGCAUUUGUAACACUGGUCCUACAACUGCUGGCUCUUUUCCCAAAUGACAAGCACAAUACAACAGCCUCUGAAGCUGUUACCUGAACAGGGUACCAUCCCCAGCUCUCUUUUCAAGGGCCUUAGCUGGGGAAUCUCUGCGGAGAUUCUUUUUUUAGUUUUUGUUUCAUUUUUAAUUGGGUAAUGAGCUGAGCAGUUCUGAUGGCUUGCAGGAUGAACAGGUUACUGCUCUCUGGGCAGCAGGCUUCCCCUGCCCUACGUACCAUCUGCACAGGUAGAAACUGGGAGGUAGCUUCUAAAUGAAGGCACCUGAAGAGUGUGUGCUGUGAUGAAGUUUCAGUCAGAAGCAGCAGCAAGCUAGUGUAAGUAUCUUAACAGUUGAAAUAAUGUGAAAUGGAAUUCCAGGAGAAGAGUUUUUGCUGAGAAAACAAGUAGAGUUUGACUGGAUAGAAAUCUUCAUUUUGUCCAGUGUUUGGGAUAAUGUAAAGAUGCAAAGAUUGUUUUCUGUCCUACUCCUGAGUUGGUUGAGGAUACUGUAUUCUCACUAGGUGUUGACCAGACUUGUGUAGACAGUCCUUAAUCUGCUUACAAAAGAGAACAAUUUGAAUAUGAUACAUGUACCUUGGGAGUGAAUCGUGAGGCUGAAUGAAAAAGGGUAGAGACUCAUUUAUUUGGGAAGUAGGGUUGGGGGCUGGCUGCUGUUAGUCCCACAGUCUGAAUGCACAGGGCUGUGUGCCAGGGGGCACUGAUGGCCUGCAGUGUGUGGAGGAGCUGCCAGUACGUUUCUGUACGUGUGCGUUUGGUUCCGUAAGGAACCUUGGGGAAACCUGUGGAAAAAUAUCUGAAGAAAACCAAAAUGCCAAAUGUUGGGUGUUUCUUUCCUUUCUUCCUUCCUUUUCUUCCUUUGGUUGUUUUAAUUGUUCUGUGGUGGUUUUAAUGGAUUUGAGACAGUGGAGCAGCAGCUGCCUUUCUGAUUUUUGGCUGCUUUUUGUGAAUAAUUUAAAAAGAAAAUUUACAUUUUGGAGACAAACCUGUGGGCUUUUUUAUUGGUACAAACAUUGUAUUUAACACUAGGGGUUUUGUACAGUUUUUUGCCUUUUCUACUAGAAAACAAUGUAAAGUGAUUCACAAUGUGACGAGAAAACAAAUUGCCACUAUGACCAAAUGUAGAGUCUGUUCUGCAGUUAACGGGAUUUAAUCAACUCGAAGUCGUGGUUCAGUCGUAGAAAUGCUUUUCUUUACCUUGUUUGAGCUGUUCUUUUUUUUUCUUGUUUUGAUUUGCAAAACAAAAUGUCUUUUUGUGUGAAAUUGUGUUGUACUCUGUAGAGAAUUACAGAUUUUACUUUAAUGGUUUAAAAAGCAGAGGAGCGCAUGUUGCUUUUCUGAUCUGAUCACAGAGUUUGUGUAGUGGAUUUAAAAAUGAAAAGAUUUGUUACAAGUUUGGAACAAGCGAGUAUGUGUUAAAGGAAUUUUCUUCCUUUUGUGUGUGUGUUUUUUUUCUUUUUGUCCCAAAGGGCAACUUAAAGCUGUUUUAAUUGCACAGACACACCGACAACAAGUCAUUUUGUAUAUGCCAAGUGUGGUACCUUCCUUUGUUUAUUUGCUAUUAAACUGUUUGAGAAGA